CAGGCGUGCGUGAUUGGAUGGCCCAGGCUUGGGGGCUGUUUCUGACAGGUGUUUUUAGGGGUCGGGGUGCCAGAAGCUUCGCACCCGAAUCUCGCUAGCGCCAUGGGCAGCAGCUGCCGCAUUGAAUGCAUAUUCUUCAGCGAGUUCCACCCCACGUUGGGACCCAAGAUCACCUAUCAGGUCCCUGAAGACUUCAUCUCCCGGGAGCUCUUUGAUACAGUCCAGGUGUACAUCAUCACCAAACCGGAGCUGCAGAACAAGCUCAUCACUGUCACAGCCAUGGAGAAGAAACUGAUUGGCUGCCCUGUGUGCAUUGAGCAUAAAAAGUACAGCCGAAAUGCCCUGCUCUUCAACCUAGGUUUUGUGUGUGAUGCCCAGGCCAAAACCUGUGCCCUCGAGCCCAUUGUCAAAAAGCUGGCUGGUUACCUGACCACUCUGGAGCUGGAGAGCAGUUUCGUGUCCACUGAGGAAAGCAAGCAGAAGUUGGUGCCCAUCAUGACCAUCUUACUGGAGGAGCUAAAUGCCUCAGGCCGAUGCACUCUGCCUAUUGAUGAGUCCAACACCAUCCACUUGAAGGUGAUUGAGCAGCGACCUGACCCUCCUGUAGCUCAGGAAUACGAUGUGCCUGUCUUUACCAAGGACAAGGAAGAUUUCUUCAACUCACAGUGGGACCUCACCACACAACAGAUCCUGCCCUACAUUGAUGGUUUCCGCCAUGUCCAGAAGAUUUCAGCUGAAGCAGAUGUGGAGCUCAACCUCGUGCGCAUUGCCAUCCAGAACCUGCUGUACUAUGGUGUGGUGACACUUGUGUCCAUCCUCCAGUACUCCAAUGUGUACUGCCCAACACCCAAGGUCCAGGACCUAGUCGACGACAAGUCCCUGCAGGAGGCAUGUCUGUCCUAUGUGACCAAGCAAGGGCACAAAAGGGCCAGUCUCUGGGAUGUAUUCCAGCUGUACUGCAGCCUGAGCCCUGGCACAACUGUGAGAGACCUCAUUGGCCGCCAUCCCCAGCAGCUGCAGCAUGUUGAUGAACGGAAGUUGAUCCAGUUCGGGCUUAUGAAGAACCUAAUUCGGCGACUACAGAAGUAUCCUGUGCGGGUGUCUCGGGAGGAGCGGAGCCACCCUGCCAGGCUUUACACAGGUUGCCACAGCUAUGAUGAGAUCUGCUGCAAGACAGGCAUGAGCUACCACGAGUUGGAUGAGCGACUGGAAAAUGACCCCAACAUCAUUAUCUGCUGGAAAUGAGGCUAUUGUAGGCUGGACAAAGCAUAUGGCUAGGGCUACUCUCUUGCUAAGCCCUGCCUGUUGUAUUGAGGGAUUGACCAACAGACCAGUCCACACUGUCUCAAGGUUGACCCUCAGUUUUGUAAAUAAAGUCACCCAUUUCUACCUACCUUUAUUGAGUACCACUUCUAAGCUGGGGCUACCAAAGAACCAGCUAUGAAUGAAAUAGUCAUGGUCCCAGUGCCUUGGAGUGCCAUCUGGCAAGCAGGACCAUCAGAGGAUAAGUAAAUGUGCCCACUUGAACCAAAAUAAACAUCCACAAAGAAA